AGACUAUCCUUAGGCAGUAUUUACGACUGCAAAGUAGUGCCAUUGUAGGUUAAAAAACUUAAUAAUUACAGGGCCGGAGAAAAAACUCAGAAGUUCCAAGAUUAAAGUCAUAAAUUUAUGAGGAUAUUCUCUUGAGUUUAUAGUGACAGAUUUACAAGAAAAAAAGUCACAAUUUGCGAGAUUUUAAAGUCAUGAAUUUAUGAGAAAGAAAUCUGAAAACUAGUGGAGUUCAAAACCGUGUAACGCCAGCCGUCUGAAUUUUGUUGCCCCUAAAGUAAUGUUAUUAUGGUACAGAGAAGGUCCUGGAAGAUACAUUUACGUUUUCGUUCAUGUUCUUUCUGUGUUCUCCGUUUACAUAAAUAAUUACUAAUAUUGUAGAAGUUACAAGAUAGUAGAGACGGACAACUUUAUCUUUUGACCACACAAAGGUGUGUCUUUCAUUGUAGCACAGCUAACACUAAAACCAACCGUUGAGAAGAGUUCUUACAGUGUAGAAAAAACUGACAAUGCAUAGAUGUAGCGUUAGAUUUGUUGCUGUAUUUUAACUUAGGCCUAAGUUACAUUUUAUACGCAAAACAUUUCUUGUAGUCGACUGUUUGGACUGUUUUUAUUCUGUGAUAUUGCUACUUUUAAAAAAUGGACAUUUAAUACUUAUUCCACCAAUGAUUGUUUAGUGCCAGACAUCCUGUUGCACUCCAGCCCAGCGGGUGGCGCACGAGGGAAGGUUCGCCGACCGCUAAUAAACACGAAGAAGAAGAAGGACCGGAAGUUUGUCCAAGACGCGAGCAGGGCGUCGUUUUCAAAAGCUCGUUAACUGAGUUGGUCCAGCGGCUGUUGUCUUGGUGCUGUGUUCUCUACGUGUAAACAAUAACACAAGGAUAAUAAAUACUACUAAUGAUCUUAUCCAGUGAUGUUAUCCUCGUGAAUACACCAUAACAGCGAACCGCUCCUCUCGCAGGUUUUAUGCUACCUCCUUGACUUAGGAAUAUUAUGGACAACCUGCAUUUCUCAGAAGAUGAAAUUGAAGAACAACUGGCCGCCCUGGGAUACAAAAACAUACCGAAACACCGGCUGUGUGAAUUCAAGCAAGAUCUUGAUGACCUGGUUCGACGUGGAGAAUGGAAAAGUCUGGCCUCAUCCGCUCGGAUAAACCCGGCCACAUCUCAGCCGAGUCCUCCUGCCUUCACCAAAGAGAAAGUUGGUCAUUGCUACUUUCAGAGCUCUGGUGAAGGCUUUUUCUUACAUGCCAGAAAAGUGGACCAUGACAGACAGGUGCUCACCAGCUGUCAGAGCAGAGACCGUGAACAGCAGCAGGGACGCUGUGAUUCGUACGCUCGACACUCGGUGGCUCUGAAUCUCCGGCUGCCUCCAGGUGCUCCCAGCAGGCUGCAGGUGGAGGAGGAGGAGGAGGAGGAGCAGGAGCCGGACGAAACCCUCCACCCGCUGCUGACUGAGAGCUACGCAUCCACCCCCGACUCCCACAGGGGACGUUUCAUCAAGAGAAAAGUCCUCAGGAAACAUAAAGGAGAAUCACUCGUCUGUGAUGAAUCGGUCUACAGUGAAGACGCGAGCUGUCUGGAGGAGCGUCUGGCUGAUCUUCAUCUCUCCUCAUCUCAGCGCGACUUUGAGACGGAGAUCGAAGACGUCGCCGGUCAGAGCGACACCCAGAGCUCAGAGACGGACGGAGUCUCUUUCAGUGCCUUUGAAUCCUACAUAAGAGGCAUGACUCAAACUCAAAGUGACGGUGACCUCAGGCCCAAACCCAAAUCCUUCAUCCGACCAGCGAUGAGUCAGCAAACAUUGAAGAAGACCGACCCAGUGGCCAAGUAUUUUGAGUACAAGCAGCACUGGGCCAUGCAUAAAGUUCCAGGAGAGGACCAAAGGAGAUCUGAACGCAGGGAGAUAAAGGAACGACUUGCAUACCGACCUCCACCACCUAAACCUCGGAGGGUUUACGUGCCGAACACGUACGUCGUGCCGACGGAGAAGAAGCGCUCGGCCCUCUGCUGGAGGAUCAGGAACGAUUUGGCCAACGGUCUCCUUCCCCACAAAUUCAGCCAUGAAUUUUAGAUACUUUUAAUUCAACUGUAUUGUUUUUCAUUUUUAUAAAUGGUGUUAUUUAUUGAUGAUUUUUUUGUAACAUAAUA